UUUGUCUUUUGUCAUCAGAGAAAGUCUAGGCGGUACUAUCCCACCAGACUGGCCAUCACUCUGGCUGCAGGAGUGACUACCAGCUCCUCUUCCUCUUCCUCCUCUAACUUGGCUUCCACUCCUGCCACUGGAGAUGCAGGCUUCAUCGUGGUAGAAACCAAUUAUCGUAUCUACGCCUACACAAACUCAGAACUUCAAAUCGCCCUGGUGGCCCUCUUCAGUGAAAUGCUGUAUCGCUUCCCUAAUGUAGUGGUGGCUCAGGUUACAAGGGAGUCAGUGCAACAGGCCAUCGCCAAUGGCAUCACUGCACAACAGAUUAUUCACUUUCUAAGGACCAGAGCUCACCCUGUCAUGCUCAAACAGACCCCAGUCCUGCCUCCAACCAUAACAGAUCAGAUCAGACUGUGGGAGCUAGAAAGAGAUCGACUGCAGUUCACAGAGGGAGUGCUCUAUAACCAGUUCCUCUCCCAGGCUGACUUUGAGGUGCUGCGAGACAGAGCUCAGGGUCUGGGCUGCCUGGUGUGGCAGGACGUGGCUCACAGGGUGAUGGUCGUGACGCCGCAGGGACAUAGCGACGUCAAGAGGUUCUGGAAGCGACAGAAGUCCCACACGUAAUGGAAAGAAGAGAAGAAGGCGCAGUGAUUUCACACCUGAUGACAGUUAUUGCUCCAGUGUCAGGAUUUUCCUGCUGCUACAGUUGUUCACUGCUGUAGGAGAAUGGAGAUGAUAUAACUAUUUUGUCUGUUUCACAAAAUGUUGACUUCUAUGUAUUUUGGAUUAAAUGGAGAAAAUACA